AUGGGCGGAGGCGGGGGAAUCGCCCAAGGGGCUUCUGGAGGCUUGGCCUCACAUCCCCUUUACUACUACAGCACACACAAUGCGUUGCGGGCCGCCGAAGGCGCAGAAAACUUUUUCCCAGUCACCUUCGUUGAACUGCACGGCACGCGAAGCUGCAAAAUCAACGUCUACCCCUUCUGCGACGUCCAAAUGGUGAAGAGAAUCCUCCUCAAAAAAAUGAAUCUCUCCAGCUGCAUGAAGGUGCGCGACAUUCGUUUGCUGUACAAAGGCAGCGAACUGCCCAACUGGCGGCUCAUGAAUAUCUUCACAGAUGCGCCCCUGAAGAAGCUGCACUGGAGCAUUCGCAGCGACAACAUGAGAGCGUCUAUCCGGCCUCUCGUCAGUCAACAGAAACUUCGCAGAAGUCUAAUCCAGGUCAUUGAAGAGGUGAAGCUUGGCUUCAGAAGAAACGUUGCGCCCAAGCUAACGAUGGACGGGACCGGUGGAACGUAUAUCCUUUUCGACGCACGUCGUCGUCCUGUGGGGAUUUUUAAACCCGAGGACGAAGAAGCCUUCGCGCCGUGCAAUCCACGAGGCUACGAGGGGCGCAUCGGCCAAGCAGGUUUUCGAGGAGGCGUUUUGAGUGGUGAGGGCGCGGGGCGUGAGUACGCCGCGCACAUCUUGGAUUCUCUCUACAACUCCCCAGCAGGAAUUCCGCCUACCACAAUGGUUGAGGCUUGUCACCCCGCAUUUUGCUACAAAUCGCCCGUUCAAUUGGGAACGACCGGAGACCACCUGAUGAUGAACAGCUACAUGGCCGCGACUCCGGAGAGCAGACACGCGCCAUCGACCGUGGCAGGCACGCAUCUGAAAUGGAAGGCGGGAAGUUUGCAGCAAUUUGCUCAAGCAAAGGAGAGCUGCGGGGAUUACAACCCUCUUUUGUUUAGUGUUAGUGACGUUCAUCGCAUCGCUCUCUUUGAUAUUCGUGUUAUGAACCUCGACCGGAAUGAUGGAAACAUCCUGGUCGCGCCGCUUCACACGUUCCAAGACAUCACGGCCUCCCUCAACAGGUCGGAAUCUGGCGGGCAUGAGCACGUCGCUGGUCGGUUAGCCCAGCACCAGCAGAAGAUGAUGUCGAGACAGCUCGCCUCGAAGCUCCUGCGCUCCGUCUCCAGUGUCGGAUGCGUUGGCCGCUCAACGGGGAGCGAUGCAGCGGCUGCGCACGCAGCGACGGAAGCUGCGCACGCUGCGCAGUCUCUGGUCACGCCUGAUGGGCAUCAAACAAAGUUUCGGCUGAUUCCGAUUGACCACGGACUGAUUUUGCCGGAUGUCAUCGACGUCGCUACCGUCGACCUCGUCUGGUUCGACUGGCCGCACUGCAAGAUGCCGUUCUCCGAGCAUGACCUCGCGCUCGUCUACUCCUUUAACGCAGAGAGAGACGCUGAGCGUCUUCGUCGAAGACUGCUGAUGCGAGACGACUGCUUGAGGACGCUGCGACUCUCCACACGCUUCCUCCAGCAGUGCGUGCGGCAUCACCUGAAUCUUCACCAAAUUGCAACAAUCGCAGCUCGAGCCGAUGUCGAUCAACCGUCUACCCUUGAACUCCUCGUUCGUACGAGUUUGCAGCGGGCGUAUUUGACGAUGGAUUGUGCGUCGCUGGUGUCGACGAAUCGUCUCGGGUUCGGCAUGCUCGACUUGGCGGAACUGAAACUUCUCGAUGAGAACGUCCUGGCGUCGCUGCAAGAGGGCAAGCAGGGACGCCGAGAGACGUCAUCAGGCCGCUCGUCGCGCGCCGCGUCUCGGGGGAGCGCAGCCCCGCACGCGAAGGAGGCGCGCCGGCGCGAUCUCUCGACGUCUUCCACGACGCGCACCUGCUGCGCGUGCUGCUGCCGGCACGGUCCCCCGUCUUUCGCUUCGAAGACCUCGCGAGAAGAAGAGUCCAGCAGCAAGGUUAGAAGCAGGACCCUCCGGGAGUCUGCCUGCGAAGGCUGUGCAUGCAAAGGCAAGCGCGCACCUGCCACGGCCGAGCGUCGAAUGUUGAUGCCGUCGGCGCCGACUCUUGGAGAAGAGAGCUGUGCGAGGCGAGCUGACAGGCAGGAAGAGCAGAAUGGAGAAACGACCGGUGUGUCGUCUGUAGGCGACACUGUCGCGGAGACUCCGGAGACAGGGGAUCGGAGAGCAGUGAGUAAAGCGGUCUCCUUUGAGAAGAUCGGCGAGGCGGGUGGGGCGCCUCCGCGAGAUUCGCCGUUCCCAGUCCCUUCGUGCGCGGGAUCGUUCGAAGAGACGACAAAACGCGGGCCGGGCCGCCUUCGGCACUCGUGCACGACGAGUUUCUCUUCCUUGGGGGGCGCUUGCCGCAGCAGCAACGCCUACAACUGGUUCAAGCCGGGACAGUCGUCGAGUUUCGAAGGCUGGUCAGGCGCCGGGUCGUUCGACGACGCAGCCGUGAGCGCGCAAAUCCGCGUCGCCUCGGCUUCGCCCAACUCGGCUGCGGAAGAAAACGAGUCCAGGCGGGCGGUCUUCUCGGCCGGGAGUCAGGGCGAAGAGCGCGGCGGGAGCGGAACGGAGGGGGAUCGAUCUGACUUGCCGCGCGAGGGAGCUGUGUGUACACCGGGAUGCGCCGCAGCGGUCGAGGGGGGGACAGUUUCCGGAGUCGCGGCGUGCCAAAGAUGCGUCGACAGCGGCUGUUUGUCCAGUGAAGACUUCUCGUCGUGCUUCACUGGGAGCGACAGCGAGGGCGGGGAAAACGGCAGGUCGCGUAUCAAGUCGGAGUCCAGCGGCUCAACGCGCGGCGACGUGUACGUGAGUGAGAGCUUGAGUGACGACGGCUCGGACGCCUCCAGGUGGGAUUCGUCCGAGAGUGGCUACGACAGCGACCAAGAGGAAGAAAGGAAUCGGACGCGAAACGCCUGCAGCAGUGGGAGCGAGCGAGAAGUGGAGAAGGAGAAAGAGGAGAAACUGGGCACGAGCCAUUCGGCGCCGGCGCUGCAUGCAGCCGCGUACCAGUUGCGCUCCCUGCCUUCCGCGGCGUUCUUCGACUACCCACCAAGCAUGAUGGGGACGACUCCGGAGAAGCAACGCGAGAAAGAACGCCGGAGAAAACGAAAGGCGCAACGCGCAGGGAAUACAGAGAGGAAGGAAGGCGAGGCAGAGAGCGGGCGAAAGGAUCACAAGAGACAGGAAAGCGAAGGCGGGGGGAAACCCCGAGUGCACCGUGAGAAAAAGGACAGUGAGAAGGGCGAGGCGGACAAGAAAAAGGCAGAGACACACGAGAAAAAAGAAGAAAACGUCUUCGAUGCAGUCCGAGGCACGCAACGCGGAACCGUCAGAAGACUCAACGGGACUGCUGCGGGUUCGGCUUAUCGGCGGAGAAAGCAACAGCCGCACGGCGUGGGAAGCACGUGGCUCCUGUACGACACUGAUGGGCGCUCCAUCCCCCUGGAUUGGGCAGAGCCGCGGUUCGACAGGCUGUUUUUCGACUGUUUCGAGGAGCUACUGCGCAAGUACAUUGUCCAGCAACACCCAGAGUGGGCGUCGUACCCGUACAAAGGAGCGCGUCUGGAGGCGCAGCUGAAGAAGGAGCGAGAGGCGGGAGAGAAGCUGAACCGGCCCAGUGAGAACCUCGCCUCGGGCUACAGCUUUUCGAAGAAAAGCCCUAGCCAGUCGCCGUCGCCUGAGAACUCGCCGACUGCGGAGUGUUGCUGCGAUCACGGCUACCACCACUGCGAAUUGCAUUUGCAAACUGCGAGAAGUGCAGCGAAUCCUGGGGCGAGACAGGAGACGGGAGACAAGCGAGGCGACACUUGA